AUGGCCUCCUCCUCUCAAGCCCUCUCCGACGAGAUCGAGUCCCUCCUCGCAGAAUACCUGUCCCUCCUCAACACCUACACCACCCUGCGCGCAGAGCUAACCACUGCACAAUCGUCGAUCUACCAAAACCUCGCCCGGGCCAACUUCCACGCAGAGCGCGGCGUGCGCUACGGUCAGGACUGCUACGAUGAGCGCGCCAUGCAGCCCGGGUGCACCUGCCGUGUUGCUGCUGAGGAGGGGGGUACACGGCAGGGCUUGGCCUUGGAGAUGGUGACGGCCUUGCAUGUAGGGGUGGCCACAGACGCAUCGGAAGCUGACGACGACGACGACGACGACGAUGGAGAGUUGAAAGGAGAGGAGAGACAGAAGGGAGGGAGGGAGAGGGUUUCCGACCCGAUUCGCAUGUUUGGCUUCACGGUCCCGAAUGCGUUGAGGGUAACGCAGGUUGAGGCGCGGAGGAUGGUGGAACUUGUGCCGCAGAUUUUGAAUGUCGAUGCGAAGAUGAAGGAGGUUGAGAUUGACAUUCGGAGGGCGAAAAAGAGGAGGGGAAAGCUGGAGGGGGAGAGUAAGAAGAUUUCUGUGGAGGCCGGGUUAGGAGGGAGAGAGGGGGCGGUGGUCGAGUAG